AGCAGCAGAAGAAGACAAUUUCGGUCGGAGAUGAAAACAGCAUGGUAGUUGUAAACUUUGCAGAGACGACUGAUAUUGUACAGACAACAAUGAGCAUUUCUAACUGAUUAAACGCAACGAAACCAGAAUCUAGUAUCUGCGUUGUGGUGUGAGGUUGUCAGCGAGCAGAGGCCAUCUAAAAGGAGUGUUGGACUAGAGGCACCCGGCUAAAGUCGACUUCGCAUGCACACGUGGUUUCACCAUGGCCAAAACCAAGAAAUCUGUGACAUUUUCGCUCUCAAGCGACGCGGCCCCGGGUGCGAUGGGGUCGGAGGAGAGCGAGGAGGAAGAUGUGGACACACACAACAUCAUGAGCGCCAGCGAAGACGAGGAUGGCAGUGGGGAUGAGCGUAAACACACCAAGCUGCUGGAGGCCAUCGGUGCUCUCGGAGGCAAGAGGAGGAAGAAGCUGACUGAGCGUUCUGAGGCCAGCAUUCAGGUGUCAGAGUUCGCCGUCAAUGCAGAAGGUGCUGGGGAGAAGGUGGCUCUGGAGGAUCUGUUGCGCUCGUCAGGGGAGGUGGCCCGGACCGCCACGGCGCUCACACACACACACAAGCAGCUCCAGAAGCUGCACAACACACACACACAAGCCACGCUCGAGACCCCCCUCAGCAAACAGCAGACCGAGAAGAUCCAGCGUGAGGCUGCGUUUGAGAAGGCGUCGACGGAGGUGUCUCGAUGGGAGACUACCGUGAAAGAACACCAGAGGGCGCCGCAGCUGGUGUUCCCAUUACACCACACCACAGCCAGGCCGCAACGCAUAGAGCAGAGAGUAGCACACUGGAAGAGCCAGACUCCGUUGGAGCAGGAGGUGUUUGCGUUGCUUCACGCCAACAAGCAGCCGACCCUUGACCCUGUCCUGACCCCCAUGGAGGAGGCGGAGCUACAGGCCAUGAGCAUCGAGGAGGCUAAGGUGCGGCGUGCUGAGCUCCAGAAGGCUCGUGCUCUCCAGUCGUACUACGAAGCCAAAGCCAAACGGGAACGCAGGAUCAAGAGCAAGAAGUACCACAAGGUGGCGUUGAAGAGCAAGAGGAAAGCAGCUGAACUGGAGUUUGAGGAGAUGAUGAAGACUGACCCCCAGAGGGCAGUAGAGGAACUGCAGAAGAUGGAGAAACAGAGGAUAGAGGAGCGCAUGUCUCUAAAGCAUCAGAAUAGCGGCAAGUGGGCCAAGUCCAAACUCUUCAUGGCCAAAUACGACCUGGGGGCGCGUCAGGCCAUGCAGGAGCAGCUGGAUCUGAAUCGUCAGCUGACCCAUAAGCCCCUCCCCUCCUCUGAGCUCCAUGACGACAGCGAUGACGAGCAGGAGGCCUCAUCCAAUGAGGAGGCGCCGCUGCCCGACGUGGCCAACGAGGCAGCCAAUCAGAAAGAGGGGGCCAACCCCUGGAUGAGCAUCACGGCCGUCAUGACAACCAGCCUACAGGAAACGGGAAGGGGCGAAGUCAGCACCUCAGACAGACCUGCGGAUGAAGUGAACGGAGGAGGCGAUGGACUGACAGAAGCGAGGGAGGAAGAGGAAGAGAAGGAGGAGGGAGAGAAAGAGGAGGGAGAGGAGGAGCGCUUGCUGGGGGAGUUUGCACGACGACGACAGAUGAGGAAGAGUAGCGAUGAAGAACAAGAACAAGAGGUAGAAGAGGAGGCGGCACAGGAAACAGUGUCUCCAAGCCCUGCUCCUGCUGCUGCUGCUGCUGCUCCUGCUGCUCCUGCUGCUCCUGCUGCUCCUGCUGCUCCUGCUGCUCCUGCUGCUCCUGCUGCUCCUGCUGCUCCUGCUGCUCCUGCUGACACAAUGGCCCUCCAUGGUGAUGAUGAUGACGAUGAUGAUGAAGAUGAGGAGGAGGGGCUUAUGGACGCAACUGCAGCGUCGGAGCUCAACGCUCUCUUCGGCCGCCUGGCUCGGCAGGGACAGGCCCAAUCCAGCGUCACCGUGGAGACGGGCAGCGAUGAGCCGCUAUUGGACGAGGACACCACCCGCGUCCGCACGCUGGACGACGCCCAGGCACUGACCGACGCCCACAUGGAGCCAAAUCCCGCCCCCGAGGUGGCUGCAGCUGGUAUCCAAGGUGAUGCGGAUGACUCCGCCUCUAAAAAGGUGAAAGGUCGUCGUAAGGGCAUCGACCCCAAACAGGUGCUGACUAAGCAGGCCAGCAGCAUCAGGGUUCCCAUGGCAACGGCCGCUGUGGAGGAUGCGGAGGAUGAGGCUCUCGACGAGCAGGUGGACGUGAUCCGGGAGGCGUUUGCAGGCGAUGAUGUCAUAGCUGACUUCCUGAGGGAGAAGAGGAACAAGGAAGUAGCCGGCCGUCCGAAAGACGUCGACCUAUCACUGCCCGGCUGGGGAGACUGGGGCGGAGUCGGGGUCAAACCCAACAAGAAAAAACGCAAACGCUUCCUGAAGAAAGCUCCGCCUCCCGUCCCUCGUAAAGACCGGAAGCUUCCGGCCGUCAUCAUCUCAGAGAAGAGAGACGCCUCACUAGCCGCACACCAGGUGACCCAACUCCCCUUCCCGUUUGAGAACCCGGCCCAGUUUGAGCGCGUGGUGCGUUCUCCUCUGGGCGCUACGUGGAACCCUGAGCUAGCGGUGAGGAAGCUAACGGCCCCGCGCGUCGUCACCAAGGCCGGCGCCAUCAUCCCCCCCAUGUGCCGCGAGGACGUCAACCGCAAGCGGCCCGCCACCGCCCCCGGCCAGCACCAGAACCAGCGCAACGCCCCGGACCUACCGCUAGGAGGCGCCGAGGAGCAGAGUGGCAAACAGGCUAAACAGGCCAAACAGGGGGGCAAGGAGAAGAAGAAGACAGGCAGGCAAUGGAACAGGGGCAAGAGGCAGAAGACAUGAAGAUAACAUGACCUUCACAUGAAGAAAACACGACCUUGACAUGACCUACAAGAAGACGUGAAGAAGACAUGUCCUACAUCUGACUGCUAUACCUUGUGACCUUCACAUGACCUUCAUCUGAAGAAGACAUGACCCCAAAACCUGUGACCUUCACCUGACAUUCCCCUGACCUCCACCUGCCCUCUUCAUCCCUGUGACCUUCACCUGACCUCCACCUGAAGACGACAUGGGGUUAUUUCCAUCGUCCUAACUCCCGUAUUCCCUUGUACCACUGGAGGAUGUCUCAACACCCCAUUGACGACAGAAGACCUUUUCAUUGCGUCAAUGGCGUCUUGUGAUGUCACCACAAGCAGAAGGGAGGACGGGAGUGAGGAUAAUGGGAAGAGCCCCGUGACCUUGAGAACAUGACGACCUUGGACAUACUGGACAUUUUCACCCGUGACCUUGAGAACAUGAUGAC